GCCUUGGAGCAGAACAUGCCGGGAGAUGUAGUUCCAAGUUCAGUUACUACGGCGUUCUCCACAGCCUCCGGAGUCCGGGAGUGACGAGCGGCCUGACCAAUGGGAGCAGCGCCUGGGCCAGCGGGGGCGGGCUCUCUGCAGAAGGACUCGAAGGUGGCGGUGGCGAAGGCGCAGGCCGUUAGGGCAGCUCGAAGGCAGCUUCUGGCAGAAAUGAAGAUGGAAAAGGAUUUCUUUCCUGUUGGGAGAGAAAUUGCUGGAAUUGUGUUGGAUGGUAAGUUUGCAAAUGUAAAUAUCUAUUUAUUUUCUAAGGUACAGGAAAUUACAUGGCAGCUAAUUGGAAUUUUACCCCUGGAUUCUGAAGACCCUGGACUUUGUGAAGUGGUGAGAGUACAUGAGCACUACUUGGUUCACAAGCCAGAAAAAGUUACGUGGACAGAAGCUGCUGGAACCAUUCGGGAUGGAGUACGAGCCUACACAGCUCUGCAUUAUCUUUCUCAUCUCUCUCCAGGAAAAUCAGUGUUGAUAAUGGAUGGAGCAAGUGCACUUGGUGCGAUUGCUAUUCAGUUAGCGCACCAUAGAGGAGCCAAAGUCAUUGCAACAGCAUGCAGCCUUGAAGACAAGCAGUACCUGGAAAGACUUAGGCCUACUAUAUCCCGAGUGAUUGAUGUAUCUAAUGGGAAAGCCCACAUUGCUGAAAGCUGUUUAGAAGAAACAGGUGGCCUGGGAGUAGAUAUUGUCCUAGAUGCUGGAGUGAGAUUAUAUAGUAAAGAUGAUGAACCAGAUUUAAAAUUACAACUACUUCCACAUAAACAUGAUAUCAUCACACUGCUUGGUGUCGGAGGCCACUGGGUAACAACAGAAGAAAACCUGCAGUUGGAUCCUCCCGAUAGCUACUGCCUUUUCCUCAAGGGAGCAACGGUGGCUUUCCUGAAUGAUGAAGUUUGGAACUUGUCAAAUGUACAACAAGGAAAAUAUCUCUGUAUCUUGAAAGAUGUGAUGGAGAAGUUAUCAACUGGUGUUUUUAGGCCUCAGUUGGAUGAACCCAUUCCACUAUAUGAAGCGAAAGUUUCUAUGGAAGUUGUUCAGAAAAAUCAAGGAAGAAAAAAGCAAGUUGUUCAAUUUUAAUUUUGUUCUUUCUCAGACCUCAAUUGAAUGAAUCCAUUCCAGUAUUUGAAGCCAGUUGCCUUGGAAAUUGUUCAGAAAAGUCAAGGAAGAUAAAAGCAAGUUGUUCCAUUUUUAAGCAUGAUUUCCUGCUAUCUGAGACAAGAUGUUCAGAGUUAUUUCAAGUAUUUAAAAAGUAUUUGAAAAAUUACUGUACAAACGGCCAAGACAGUUCUAUAACAUCUAAAGGGAAUAUUCUGAAAACCUUUUGUUAUUGUUUUUAUGUAUUUGCCUCCGUUAUAAAAUUUUUCCUACGAAGAAAACUGCUUUUAGCAAAAGAAACGCUACUCUUGAUAAAGCUGAUUCGUUUUUGGUAUGUUAAAAUAACGUUACUUUUAUGUCAA